UCGCAAUACAGACUGCGAAUGCAACACGCGAGUAAGUACUGAAGUGCGAUUGUGAACGGAUCUGUAAUUUUAUAAGAUCUCCAACUUUAAGAAAGGUUGUUUUUCGCAGUUCCUGCAGUUGUUCAGUUCUCAGUAUCCUUUCAGAACGAUUGGCAGAUGAUUCGUCCGAAAAUCGCUAGCCUUCCACAAAACUGCACUAUGGGCAAUGAAAACGGUUGAAUGUCUGUGGCUAAUAUGGAUCUGGAUUAUUAGCCUCUGCAGCAGUUAUGACAGCCUACAACAUUUUUCUGACAGAGCGUCUCCGAUCGUGCCAAAUCAGGGACAUGAUUUGGUGUACGAUGGAUCUCGCACAGGAUUUGGUGCGUUCAUCAGUCGUAACGCCUCACAAGGGUCACCGCAGACUGGCUCAAAAGUUUACUCAACGCAAAAUGUAUCCAUUUCGUGCAUUGUGCCAAAUGUUAAAAUUAUGGCAACUGUUCAUGCGUGUCAGAAAACUUGGAAAUGGUCGUGGCGAUCAAGACAAUCAAACAUCACUUAAAACUGACAAAAACUGGAAUCUCAGAGAUUUAUCCUCCACCCGCUGUUAUUAUUCCGGCUACGGCAAAUCCAUUCACCCAGCAGUGCAUGGUACAGCAGCCAUUUUUAAGUCAAACUCGCUUGAUAGUGGAGUUGUCAUAUCUGGCAGCGGAGUUGUACAAUUCUCUCCGUUGGAGGCCAGUUUCGUGCCACUAUCGCGUAUGCAUUCCUGGAGACGCGAAAGGAGCAAUCAUCCAGCCGUUAACAGUGAGCAGACGGUGCAAAGGGAAUGCUUUUUCGUUACACCACUUGUGAAUGUUGUGGAAAGCGAUACACAGGACUCUUAUGCCGAGCAACUGUUAAUUAUUUACAACAAAGUGCAAGCGUAUUUGGACUUCAUUGUGGGACAUACAGCCCCAAUGAUCAUUGUGGAUCUUCCGGACAGCAAUGAAAAGGGGCAUUCAGGUGAUAAAGAAUCAAACGCUCACGUGCCGUCUCCAAAUGGAAGUUGCUCUGGAAGCCGCUCCGUUUUGCAAAUAAUCCAGGUAAACGUGAUGGAGAACCGCAUACGGAGCAAGCGAUCCAUAAACGCAGAUUUAAAAUUUGAUGCAAGAAGAAACAGAAUCAACAGUGCAAGAAGCAGGUCAGGCAGACUUCGGCAUGAUGACGAUGAAACUGACGAUGACGCCCAUCGAAAAAAAGGAUGGGCGAUAACUUACAGAACAGCCCGUCCGUGGACUACGACCAGAUCAACUACUGCAUCUACGGACGGAUCUGCCAUAUGGGAGAUACUCUAUACCGUACCAACGACUACGACGACGACAACCACGACCACUACGACAAAGACAACGACGUCGACUAAAUCCAGUAGCACAAAAGCAGCCUCUACAUCACAAAAGAAACUGAAUGAGAAAACGACUAUAAAAGGUCACUCCGACAUCCCGAAAAACUCUGCGGUUAGCAGUCGACCGCAUUCAGCUGAGACCAUGCACACAAUGCGAGUACAACCAAAAACUAACGCAAAAAAGACAGAAAGCAGCCACAGGCCAGUUACGACUAAAUCAGCUAUGCAUGGGCCUUACGGCGGGCUGACUGUAAAAACGGUCCACAACCCCGUGCCUCUCAUGUCGAAGGUCCCAUCGACUAACAAACCAAUAACGCAUGAAUUUGCCACAUUAAGACCCUCCGGGAAAGUAUACUGCUACUGCUUAUAGCCCUCUAAGUGAAAAGGCGAAAUAUGGUUCAAAAGAGUCAUCAGCCCAUGGCAGAACAACCCAACAGCCAUCUCCACCCUGGGCGAUUCCGGCUUUCAAGGUACCAGCAGGACCUCCCACUCUUCCAUCCAUCGCUACAGAACACGAUCCUCGCUAUAAGAGCCACAUCAAGCCUCCAACGAUUAAAAGCGAGCCCAGUUACCGCCCCUUACGUCCAGCAUCUGAGGCGAAAAGCCCUAACCCGAAAUUAGCUGGUGUAAUCGGAGACCAUAUCCCACAUCCGGACCAUUGCCCUACAUGACGCCACGGCCGGUUCAUAGCCAUAUAUCGUUAGCUCCGAUUGAGAAACCAAAAGCAGAGUGGAGGGGAAAAUGAGCUCUACAGAGAACGAAAACCGAAAACGGCACGGUUCACCGGUUUGGAAUACGCUAAACCCUAUGGCAAUGGGCUCCAUCUGAAAGAGCAAUUCGAAAAAACGAUGACCUACCAUUGCAUGGCAAAAGGAAACCCAGUCCGACUGAUAGUAAUGCCGGAGAAGCGGAGUCCCUAUGGGCGUUUCCAAAAGUUAGGAAGCCCAUCAGCAAUCAGGAAUUUCCAAAGCUAAUGAAAACCGAGCAUGGGAUGACCGCGCCGAGAACGAAAACUGGUACAUCACAAGGACAGGAACCUGAAUCCCACCACGGGCAGAAUAUUAUCCGAGGAAACGCAAUGAAGAAAAUUUCGCAGCUCCAUCGGAGCACCUACUAUUCCAAGAUCACCUAAGCUUACCAACAAUAAGGAACAUGAAAACCAUUUCCAGCAACCGGGCCACGGAAAAGGUUAUAACCCAACCGGUAGUGAGAUAUCUGAGCUACCAAUAGCCCCAAGAAACAAAAAGCAACUGCUUCAAAAAAUGUAGCAAAAAUUGCUGGUGGACAUGGAAAAGAUGAGAUGGCUCGAAUAUCACCCAGCCUAAAGACUAAGACCUUUCCUGCAGUUCAUGAAUCUCUUAGACCGCUUCAUCUGGGACCGUCUUCUUUAGGGCAUGAUCGUGGUUUACAUGGUGAAGCAAGAGUGCCCACCGAGUCUUAUGUCAAAAAGAAGCACCAUGGCCCCUUCGAAGGAAAACGAAAGGUUGCAGUGAAAGAAUCUGAAUAUCAUCCAGAAAGUGGUCUGUGGUCAAAGAAUAAGCUGCAUGGUUUGAUUCUAAUGUUCACCACGAGUCUACGGGACAACCCUUACCAGUAUCAGUAGAGCACGGAAAAGGUAAUGCUGUUGAUCGUUUACCAGUAUCCACCGAGCACGGGAAAGGCCAUGCAGUAGAUCAGUUAGGGUAUAAAUCUGGCAAGUAUGCACCAUCACCUAACGAAGACCAGUCAGUUCUUGUUGGCGGGAAUAAACCUCAUCACAGGUCCAGUGUAGUAAAGGAACCGCUGGAACCAUCAGGCCCGAAUCGGCAGAUUCAAAAUAAACUACAGAAACCGCGUGGAAACAUUCAAGAGAUCCAUCCCCAUGAACGCAUCAAGAACCCUUUCUGGUCAAGGCACUUCCAGGAAUUUCCCCAAAUAUCUCAUAGCCUAGAGGAAACCCACGCGAGAAAAAAUCAGCAGCGUGCAAGGGUGCAUACCGUGGAACCAGCUGUUAAACACAACGAAGAAACUGAACAAGGAAGGGUCCAAGCCGUGCAACAUGUGCCCCAUCGCACAUUUCCCACUGAAGAAAAAACACAGGCUUUGCCUGCACAGCCAUCAGCCACUAAGGAUGCGGAAGAAGAACAGUCUAUAUAUUUGCCAACUCGGCCGAAAAUUGUCGGUCAGCCGUAUAAUCGUUUUGGCUAUGGAAACCACGGUCAUCGACAGCUUACUCCUCUUAACCCGUUCGGAGAAACAGAACACCAAAGCAAAGAAAACCAGCAGACUCAUCCGGAAACACAUGUGCCCGCUUCCGCUCCGCGUCCAUUUCCUCAUCCAUCGGAUCACGGUACAGGCAAAACUGAGUCCAAAAGUAAAUUUCAUCGAAAACUCAGUCAUCCGCGUGCCCCGGUAACUAUAAAGCCUGGUGAAAAAACCGAUGCACAAUCAUUGUCGCACCAGGAAAAGCCGCCGAGACAUGCCGGUACUGCAGCGUCUACCGGACAGCUCCACGGCAUUUCGCAACCCGACGACGAAUUCUUUCACAGGCGCUUAUUUGGCGGCAACGGUGGAAGGUCAGCUGGACCGUUAGCGCAUGCCGAACCAGCGGAAACAAGCAACAAUUUUAAGCGUUUAGGUUUCGGUCAUAACAGGGUGCUGCCUAUUACACCCAGUCAUGGAGAAACUCAUCCAUUGUUACCGAGCCAAGGACAACACUUCUGGAGUCAAAAUUCACAGCCUGGCUUGGGGAAGGCUGAGACUGUUAGAGAAACAGAGAAAGGAGGAUACUUGCCAUCUCUGCUAGGCAGUGCAAAUGCGGGAGCUAAGCUAUUACCAUAUCAGAGCGAAACAACCAAUGAGCAGCCUGCCAAAGGGCACCACAUCCCCACAGCUAUUCACCAGCAGCGCCAUUCCCUGCUGCAGCAGCCCAGUUUACCCGCGUCACCUGGAUUAAGAGGAAGACAAAGCAGCAAUGAAUUUGCGGAAAUUCCACACAGUAAAACGGCUGGCAUGCCUUCUCUGGGUGGUUAUUUGAUGCCAUCGUUACUGGGCAAAGGCCGAGGGGAUCUAUUUCAUCAACCGCUAUCUGGAACGGACGAAUUCAGCCCGAGGGCUUCGGCACCAGUCUUAACGAACCGAAAUCCGGGUCAUCUCAAAAUACCUUCAGAAAACUAUUCCCCUGGAACAAAGAGCGGGAAACAAACUGCAAGCCAGCAAUCUCAGAAACACGUGGAGAGCCCUUUUGAGCGGCCGAUCUAUCACUUCGGAAAUAGGCGAACCACAACCGAAGAGCCUUUUGUUAAAAAGCCGGUUGAAACAAAAUGGAAUCGCGUCGGAAAACUACCCGAACCAGUAGAACAUUAUGAACCACCUACUCGCAAGAUAGUACCCAAGACUUUGCCGCCGGUAUCAGAACUAGAGGAGUCCGCUUCUAGGUCACACAGAAGUGAAUUAGGCAGCGGAGCACAUAAUCGUUGGCUGUAUGGCCGGCCUCUUCAUUCAAAUUUCCAGGGUCCUUUCCGACAGUUGACGCCGCUUCAAGAGUCUGCGGAAUCCGUUCCCAAACCUAAACUUCCAGGGAAACAUCAUAAACCGCCACAUUAUUUACCUGAGCCUUCUGUGCCACAAUCCACCACAAGCCGCGUAGAUUGGGUAACUCCACGACCGCUGCAUUUUCGGACAUCUACUGCAGUCACGCACCAUUCUACAGCUCAAAGAGAAAACCGUUUAAUGACUCAUCACUGGCCAAUCACACCGGCUAGAAAUCGGGUUGUUACUCAAGGGAAAAGUCACCCACGACCAGUACUUCCUCUGGUUUCGACGCAGAUAGUACCUUCCACACAUGCCGUGUUUAGAACACCCAGACCAGUGGCCACCUCCCAGGUUACUGUGUUGGAAACCCCAGUUCGAGUUCGAGUGCCACCAGAAGCGACUACGGUCACAACUCACACUAGUCCCAGGACAUGGCGCAGAAAAACCAAUAAGAAUCGCGUUCCCAUACGCAAAGCAAAGCCACCUACCUCUCCCCGGCCAAGUCCAGUGACCUCCACAGUAAGCCAACAGACAACACUCGGACAACCAGAAAGCCGACCUAAGGUCAAGGAGCCGGUUUACUAUAAAAAUCGUGGGAAGUCACGACAGCGGAUCGAGGAGCGCUCUCGAAGCAGCGGGGACAAUUCACUUGGUCCGGCACGAGAGAACGUUCGCCGCGGUCAAGGUGCCGGUGCAGAAGCGAGGCGAAAGCCGCACCGGGAGUCAGAAUCCAGAAGAAGUGAACAUCUUCCUGAAGAAUCCGCAGCUAGGCAACCGCAUCUCAGUGAACACGUUAGACGACCGCACGAGUUCAGUCCCGUGCAGGCGAAUAGGCCAAACGCUAGAGCGAAACCGCCGGGACCACAUGGUCCACAUCUGCCCAUCGAACAUCAGCCUCGCAACAGCUGGACGCCACAUGGGCCACCUGGUAACGGUCCACAUCAACGUGCGAAUACCCCGCACCGCAACUAUAACAAGUUUAAUAAUCCAAAUUUCGUCCAGAGAAAUGAAUUUCCACCAGAUAUGGUUGGUCACGGCAGACAAGAACCGCGGAGAUCUUAUAAUAAAUUUAGCAAUCCAAGGGGCUUUGGACCAGCUACGCCCAGGCCACACUGGCGGUUCGUGUCCAGUAAUCAGCGGAGGAUGAAGCGCAAAGCACAAUUCUCUGAUUUUCCAUACAGCUGCGACGCUUUUCAGAGUAGCCGUUUGGCAUGCAGUAUCAUAGUUCUUGACGACUUACAGGACUUCGAAUCAGUUGUUCGCAUUGCACACAGUAUCUUGAGCUUGCUUGAAUAACGGCGUCGUGUGCUAGUUUCCACAUUUUAUUUGUUCACAAAAAUGAUAAUUCAAGUUAUUGCAGUUGUCGUGGGCCUGAUCGCGUUUUGAUCUUGGUUUAAACACCAAAAACAUCCCGUUUGGGGAACUGUUAGACACUUUUACCUCACUUUAACGGGAAGAAUGAGAAAGGGACGACGCUAUAGUCUUUCGAAAAGAACAAAGAUAAA